AGAGUCUAGGCUCCGGAACGACUCCAAGAGCAGAGGCUGCAUGACUGAAGUCUGUCCUGUAACUCUUCUCUGAGGACUCUGAUCUGGCCCUUCUCAUCUGUAAAAUGAGCACACAUGUCAUUUUACACUUGUACUGAGACUCUACCCGGCCCUUGAAGAAGAAAAUCUCGUAUUGAUUCUUCAGCCAGCAAAAGCAAGAACCAAGCUUCUCAGAGAAGAUGAGCCGGUCAUUUGACUCGAUGGAGCCAAAAGUGAUGGACGAUGAUAUGCUCAAGGCAGCUGUUGGGGAGCAAGGCCCCCAGGAAGAGGCUGGACAGAUAGCCAAGCAGGAGGGCAUCCUCUUCAAAGAUGUCCUGUCCCUGCAGCUGGACUUCCAGAAUAUCCUCCGCAUAGACAACCUCUGGCAGUUUGAGAACCUGAGGAAGCUGCAGCUGAACAACAACAUCAUAGAACGGAUCGAAGGCCUGGAAAACCUCGUACACCUGGUCUGGCUGGAUUUGUCCUACAACAACAUCGAGACAAUUGAGGGGCUGGAUACCCUGGUCAACCUGGAGGACCUGAGUUUGUCCAACAACCGGAUCUCCAAGAUAGACUCUCUAGAUGCCCUGGUGAAGCUGCAGGUGCUAUCACUGGGCAACAAUCAGAUUAGCAACAUGAUGAAUCUCAUCUACCUGCGCCGGUUCCCGUGCCUGCGGUCACUCAGCCUCUCUGGGAACAGCAUUGCUGAGGCAGAGGAGUAUAAGAUGUUCAUCUAUGCCUAUCUUCCUGACCUUGUGUACCUGGACUUCCGGCGCAUUGAUGAACAGACGAAAGAGAUGGCGAAGUUGAAGCAUCAGUACAGCAUUGACGAGCUGAGGCACCGGGAGGCACAGAUGCAGUUCCAGCUGGAGACCGAGAAGGCCAGGCGGGAGAAGCUGGCGGAGCACAAGAUGGCGUUCAUUGAGAACCUGGAUGGAUCCUUUCUGUUCGACAGCAUGUAUUCCGAGGAUGCGGAGGGCAACAAGCUGUCCUUCCUGCCUGGUGUCGGGGAGCUCCUUGAGGCCUACAAAGACAAAUUUGUCAUCAUCUGCCUGAACAUUUUCGAGUAUGGCCUGAAGCAGCAGGAGAAGCGAAAGAUUGAGUUAGACACUUUCAAUGAGUGCAUACAGGAGGCCAUCCAGGAAAACCAGGAGCAGGGCAAGCUCAAGGUCGCCAAGUUUGAGGAAAAACACCUGCUGAAUUUAAACAGCCUCCGAGAAGAGACUGACCUGAACACCAUCGAGAAGAAGCUGACGGAGUGCAAUGAGUGCAUCACCGAGCUGUUCAACACGCUCAUGACCCUGGAGAUGCAGCUGGUGGAGCAGCUGGAGGAGACCAUAAACUUAUUUGAAAGAAACAUCACUGACUUGGUGGGACUAUUUAUUGAAAACGUCCAAAGUCUAUUGGCUCAGUGCCGGGACCUGGAGAACCAUCACCAUGAGAAGCUCCUGGAGAUCUCCAUCAACACCCUGGAGAAGAUCCUCAAGGGCGAGCUGGAUGAGGACCUGCCUGACGAUGUGCGCGCUCUUUUUGUUGACAAAGACACAAUCGUUAAUGCCGUUGGGGCAUCCCAUGACAUCCACCUCCUGAAGAUUGACAACCGAGAAGAUGACCUGAUUUCUGGAAUCAACUCUUGGUGUUCACAUCUAGUAGACACGAUUCACAAAGAUGAAAUCACGAGGAACCGGAAACGAGUGAAGGAGAUCAACCAAUACAUCGACCACAUGCAGGGCGAGCUGGACAACCUGGAAUGUGGUGACAUCAUAGACUAAGUGUCCCCAGCCCCUGGGAGUUACGGGCCUUCCUUAGUUCACCCCUAUCCCAACACCCUUGUAAUAAUUCUCAAUAUAAAGACAAAUAAAGGUCUGGUUGUCAGUAUUCUCUGAGAGGGAGAGCAUGGCAAUCAUCAGCAUGGCACAUCCUGAGCCUCC